AUGGAGUUUAUUGAGAGCAAUAACAUGUCCAACAUGUCAAUGCCACCGAGGGCUCGGCUGUUCGAGCUAAAGACGAGUGCGGAAUUUGCCGCGGAGGAUUUCAACCAUACAAUCAAGACAUGGGUCAACAUGGCCAGUCUCCUUGUAAAACAGGGCAAUAUGGCGGAAUCGAAAGGGGAUGACGAAAACGCAUACAUCUCCUUCGUACGAGCAUGUCUGAUUAUUACGAAAAUCAUCCCAGUUCAACCGCACUACCGCUCGAUGAUGAACGAUAUUGUCUGCAUCGACCUCCGCCAAAAGAUCCUGCUGAUCAUCACAAGGAUGGGACACCUGGAGAGGCGGCUCUUGAAGCGGUUCGAGGACGAGACUAGGCAGAUCGCCACCGCCGCCCGGAUAACACAAGUCUCAGCUGUCGCGCAGCUGAACUCGCUUUCAUCCAGCAAGACCACCGUCGUCACAACUACCAUGAACAAUCGACCUACCAGCACUAUUUUCAAGGUUGAGCGGACUAUGAACAAUUUGAGCGUGGAGUAUUACAGUCCCGAGGAGCCUGUCGUGGAUCAGGAAGAGGACUACAUCGACGAUGAGAGUGACGAUGAGAGCGUCGACGGCCGGGAGAACCUCAACAUCGGCGUGUACAACAACGAUGACAACAACGACGACAUCAAUAUCGACGAUAACGAUGAGAUCAUCGCCACGGUAGAGAUCCAUGACGACUACUUGACAAACGACGGCGCCGAUCUGAUGCUGGAGCUCAGCCCUGAGAGUUACAUCAACCACCACCAUCGUCGCGUCAUGACAGGACCUCGCACUGAACCCUCGCCGCAGCAGCCGCCACCAUACCAUCAGUCCGACAACGACGACCGAGACCGGUACUACCUGGAGCACACAUCCGAGAAACCCAUCAAUCUGAACGGGACUCUAAAGAAGAAGAGCAGCAAUGAGGAUGAUCGGAGUCUUCUCUCACCGGAAUGUCAGCCCAACUAUACCGCCAUGCCUUCAUCACUCUUUCCUCGUCAGCGGGAGGGGUUCCAUGUCAGGAGAUGUUCCUCGACCGAUACCAUCCGGUCUAGUGUUCACUUUCCUGUCAACUCCCUCUCAACUGCCACUGCCUUUCCUUUGACCACCGCUCCUCGAGCCAACCUCGCCACACCGCCAAUCCCGGUUCGAUCCGAUAAGCGCAGCUCGAUGAUGGCCUCGGUAUCAUUUGACCGAAACAACCUCAACAACAUCGGUAACAGCAAUGUCAACUACGUUCGGGACCGCAGCAACCAAGGCGUCGCCGUCGUGCCGGAUUACAGAGGCACGGCUGCUGCAGGGUCGGGACCCACAUCAACGACGACGGCAGUCCGAGGUGGAUAUGAUCGGGAUGUCCUUCAUAGCCGAUUCUCGAACCGACGAACCAUGAGCUUUGAGGGCAACGGCAACUUUUACCCAUCGUUGGGAGGGGUUUCAUCUUCUGCUUAUGAUGUCCAGCAGCAGCGGCCGACUCACACGGGAGGGGCCUCAGCGCUCUGGAGACAUAACAGUACCUCUGUGGGUCGCGUGACCCCUAGGAUCAACAACGGCAAUAACGGUAGCAGCCUAGGUCACCGCAAGCGAGCAUCCUUCGACCUGCACCAACAUCAACAACAGCAGCAGCACCAACGCGAGUAUCAUGGCAACGGCAUCACAGCGGCAUCCCUGAAUGCAGAUCUCCCCCCUACACCAAGAUCGUCCCUUGAGAAACUGAGCGAGCACUUUUCUGCAGGAUCGAGCAAGACAAGCAUGGGAGGCUCGUUCAAGAACGGGUUCUCGCCUUCUCCUUCGACCUCGCCGUCGACCGCAUCUUCGACCCCCUUCGCGUCACCCAUGAUGAAGACUAAUGCCCAGAUGCCCCAGAGCUUUAGCGUCAUCCAACAGCAGCAGCAUGGCCACGGGCACGGACACACCCCUUCGUUGACCUCAUCCAUCACCUCCGGUUCAACUUUGGUUAUGACCGACUCGACCUUCGCCAUGUCCGCGACGGGCACAGCAACUAACAGCUCAGCCACCUACACCCCCACCACCGCUAUGUCCGUCGGAUCCCCCCAACUCUCCAACUCGACUUCCAUCUCCUCUUCCUCUUCUCCCACCAUGACCAACUUCUCCUCCUGGACAACCUCAGGCAAGAAAGCUGGUCUCCUCCGCAAGAUCCGGUCCAAACCCAAGAUGCAAGAAAUGUUCGAUAUUGUCCAAGUCCCCGUUUCCCCCUCCCCUGUCCAUGCCCAGCUCCCCUUGCCUUUGCAUAGGCAGCAGCAGCAGCAUCAACAAGUUUACCCCCCUAUUGCCAUGCGGACUUGA